AUGUCCGACACCGAGAAACUCAACUUGGACUCUAUCAUCGGGCGCCUGCUGGAAGUGCAAGGCUCGCGUCCCGGGAAAAAUGUCCAGCUGACGGAGAACGAGAUCCGUGGAUUGUGCCUCAAGUCCCGGGAGAUCUUCCUGAGCCAGCCCAUUCUUCUGGAGCUGGAGGCACCCCUCAAGAUAUGCGGUGACAUCCACGGCCAGUACUAUGACCUCCUGCGGCUGUUCGAGUACGGUGGCUUCCCGCCAGAGAGCAACUACCUCUUCCUGGGGGACUAUGUGGACCGGGGCAAGCAGUCCCUCGAGACCAUCUGCCUGCUGCUGGCCUACAAGAUCAAAUACCCGGAAAACUUCUUUCUGCUCCGUGGGAACCACGAGUGCGCCAGCAUCAACCGCAUCUAUGGCUUCUAUGAUGAGUGCAAGAGACGCUACAACAUCAAACUGUGGAAAACGUUCACCGACUGCUUCAACUGCCUGCCCAUCGCGGCCAUUGUGGACGAGAAGAUCUUUUGCUGCCACGGAGAGUGGGCACAGGAGCGGGCAGGGACUGGGAAAUGGCAGCGGGGCCUGGGCCUGCCUGGGCCCAGGAGUGCAGGGAGAGGGCCCGUGGCAAACUUGAGCUUGUCUGAGAUCCGGCGCAUCAUGCGGCCCACGGACGUGCCUGACCAGGGUCUGCUGUGCGACCUGCUUUGGUCCGACCCUGACAAAGAUGUGCAGGGUUGGGGCGAGAAUGACCGCGGGGUCUCCUUUACCUUCGGGGCUGAGGUGGUGGCCAAAUUCCUGCACAAGCAUGACCUGGACCUCAUCUGCCGGGCGCACCAGGUAGUGGAAGACGGCUAUGAGUUCUUUGCCAAGCGGCAGCUGGUAACACUUUUCUCAGCUCCCAACUACUGCGGCGAGUUCGACAACGCCGGCGCCAUGAUGAGUGUGGACGAGACACUCAUGUGCUCCUUCCAGAUCCUCAAGCCCGCAGACAAGAACAAGGGGAAGUACGGGCAGUUCAGUGGCCUGAAUCCCGGGGGGCGGCCCAUCACCCCACCCCGCAAUUCUGCCAAAGCCAAGAAGUAG